AAUCUGUAUUUAUUUUUCCCACCAUGACCGCACAAGAAACCAAACAUGUUCCCAACAAGCCCAAGGGCCCUGCACCCUACCGCCACGAAGAUCUCAUCCUCGUUCGCGCGGCCGUUCCAGAGAUCAUUCAGCGAACCUGGACCAACAACAUGGAGCAGUGGGCCAAACGUGUUCCCUUGCAGCAGUACCAUGCCCGCGAAAAACAUCUCGCCAGCACGGCCUUCUCAAGCGACAAUCGUCUCAUCACCUGGGUUCUUGUACCGAAACCCGAUGUAGAUGUGACAGAGGAGUAUAAACAGUCGACGGCCGAUGCAAAGUCAGCAGCAGAGGGCGUCCGCGGUGGAUUCAAUCCUCAUGACAUCUCGGAGGAGAAUCUAGAGCGCAUUUUGGGCGCAGUGGAGACGUAUGAGCGACCCGGUAUUGUGGCCACUUCUGCUGCUGGCGAUACCUCUAAUGAGGGAUUGAAGGACGUGAGCUCAGUGAGUGUGGCAUCCGUCUAUGCGCCGUCCAAGUACCGCAACCAUGGCUAUGGUAAACUCAUGAUGAAACUUCUGUGGAAGGAGAUCGAAGGCAUGGACGCGUCUUUCUCAUUCCUGUACUCGGACCUGGGCGCACAGUUCUAUACCAACUUUGGUUGGACCGCCAGGACCUCGACUGAAAUCGUCAUCCCAUCAUCCAUGACACUCCCCUCUGCUCCUGCUGAGGAUUCCACGACCGAUAAGAGAGCCGCGAGGGCAUCAGCAAAACCGGUUCCCCUCGAGGCGGUCGCAGAUGAUACCUCGCUUAAGGCUCUGGUUGAUCACGACGCCCAGCUGCUGCGGAAAACUUUGAUCCAGAAACUCCAAAACAACACUAGUAACACCACCUUUGUCGCUGUUACCCCGGAGAUCCGUUGCUUCCAAUGGUUCUACGCCCGUGCCUGGUUCAAUGCCACCAACGUCUGGAAAUUUGAUGCGACUCAGAUCAAGGAUGAUUUGAACUAUGGUGUUCGCGUUCCAGGAACUGAGGAUCAGUUUGUGUUGUGGCAUCACGACUUUACGGACGACAACCUGUUUAUCCUCCGCUGGCGCAUUGAUUCGACAUCUUCGACAGAGGAGUCCGAUGCCAUUGCCCUGGCUUUCGUCAAGGCUGCUCAGGAAGAGGCUAAGAAGUGGAAGCUGUCCAAGGUUGUGUACUGGAAUGGCGACGUCUCGCUGGCCAAGCUGCUCGGUCUCGAGAUCAAGCACCGUAAUCACUCGAUCCCCAGCUUGGGCCUAGUGAACUCUUCACAGGACGAAAGCAAUGUCGAAUGGAUCUUAAACGAGAAGUAUUCCUGGUGUUGAGCGAUGGCCAAUCCUCCUGAUUGUGUCCUACCAGAUCAACACCGAAACACUGAAUAGACCAUUUAAAAGAAAACAAUUAAAACAAUCUAC